UGUCCACUGUCGCCAUGCCCAUAAGCUUCGUGCAACGCUAGCUAGGCUGUGUUGUUUUGUUAAUCACAAACAACAUAUCUGGGAAUAUUAUCAUCGUUUGAGAAUAUUCAUGCACCUGCACCGUCCAAAUUACAAACACAAAGAUGACAUCUAAACUGAAAGGGAAGGUCGGCUCAAAGAAUAAGGAGGACGCUCCUUAUGAGCUGGAGAGCCAGUUUGUCCUGAGGCUUCCAUCGGAGUACGCCUCAACAGUGAGAAGGAUUGCCCAGUCGAGCAGUAUGAACAUCAAAGACAGACUCACCAUUGAGUUGCACCCUGAUGGUCGUCAUGGCAUAGUCAGAGUAGACCGCGUCCCUUUGGCCUGCAAACUGGUGGAUCUGCCCUGUAUGAUCGAGUCUCUAAAAACAGUGGACAAGAAGACAUUUUACAAGACCGCUGAUGUUUGCCAGAUGCUGGUAUGUACACUAGAUGGAGACCUUUACCCUCCUUUAGAGGAACCAACUGGAACCGACCCCAAGACCAAGAAGAAGGACAAAGACAAAGACAAGAAAUUUGUUUGGAACCAUGGCAUCACCUGCCCUCUGAAGAAUACACGCAAGAGAAGAUUUCGGAAAACUGCGAAAAAGAAGUACAUUGAAUCUCCUGAUGUGGAAAAGGAGGUGAAGAGAUUGCUGAGCACAGACGCUGACGCUGUCAAUGUCCGGUGGGAAAUCAUAGCGGAAGAUGAGUCCAAGGAAGCAGAUCAGCACAGCUCUCUGGCCAACCUGGACUCUUCGCCCGGCACCUCGGGACACAAGAUGGGUCAUGGGUCCUCUGCCCAGCGUGACGAACUGAGGGAGAUCUUCAACGACAUCAGCAGCUCCAGCGAGGAUGAGGAGGACGAAGGGGACCGGCACGAGGACGAGGACCUGAAUAUCAUGGACACGGAGGAUGAUCUGGUCCGACAGCUCCAAGAUAAACUCAACGAGUCCGAUUCUGCACAGCAUGAAAGUGAUAGAAACAACCAGAUAGUUAUGGAGUACCAGUUGCAGAUCAAUAGCGUCAAAACCAAGCUUCAGGACACCCGUGCGCGAAAGAAACAGCAGGAGGAGCUCAUCAUGAAAGUGGAAAACCAGGCCCUCAAAAACCGCUUCCAAGCUUUGUUGGACGAGAUCAUUCUGCAGGAGGAGCGGGAGAUGGAGCAGCUGGCCUCCCUGCAGGAGCAGCUGGACUCAUUGAUAGAGAAGUGACCACCAGGGGGCAGCGUCAUGUCAUCUUCAGCCUCACAUACACACUCAUGAAGAGGAGAAGGAGGAGGAGGAGAAGAAGAGCCUUGGUCGAGGGAGGAGAGAGCGUUUAUUAGCUGACUUGCUGUGUCAUUUCUUUCAGUUUAUCGUCUCCAUACAAUAGGCAUACAGCAUACUGAUUUAUGUAUUAAAAGUCAAUAUUUGUUUUUAUUAAGUUGACAAAAUGUGUUGUUUAUUACUGUGUGAUCGAAGUAUUUGAUGGCUUCAACUUUGAAUACUUAAGCUUGUCAUCUUAAAGUAAAUGUAGUCUUGAUCAACUUUUUGUUCUUCACGACCUGCAUGAAAGAAACUGCAGCGAUACACAAGAAUUGGAAACUGUCAUUAGUUUUGCAUUUGGCACACGUGGGCUGAUUGAUGUUGGUAAAUGAUAAAUGUAUUUUUCUGUAGGUGGAUGAAGAAUACUUUUAGUGCAUUUUGCUCACAAUACUUAUACUUAAGUAAGGUUUUAAAUGCAAUACUUUUACCUGUAGUGGAGUAUUUUCACAGUGCGGUAUUAUUACUUUUACUUCAGCAAAGGGUACUUCUUUCACAUCUGCACAAGCAUGAUAAGCACAGUUAAAGACUUGUGUGCUUUUAAGGCUCCAUAGCUUCAACUAAAUUGUCUAACAAGCACAGGCAGCAUGUUUGACCUUUUACCCAAUCAGCAGACUACAGUCGUACUUGGCCCUAAUUAAGAAUACCGAAAUGGAACUAUAGAGCUGCCUAACUUUGGCAAAUCAAACACUUUUUGAAAAUAGUUUUUUGUAUAGAAUAACAGGUUAUUAUGUACAUACAGGGCCGCCUGUUCAAUUUAGAGCUGAGAUGAUUAGUCGAUUCAUUGAUUAGUUGACCGACGGAACACUAAUCGGCAACUAUUUUGAUAAUCUAU